UUAAACAACACACAUGAACCCUAGCGUUUCAGCUCCUCCAACUCCAGCAGGACUCGAAGCUAUUCAUUCGUCAUGUCGGAAGCUUUACGCAGACCAGCCAAAUCCACUCCAAGUGACAGCUUUGCUCAAGUACUGGUUGCAAGGUCCUGAUCCUCUGGAUUACAUCAGCAUGUAUGCAAAUCCUGGAGAUGUCAGUCAAGGCAUACCAGCUCACUGGCAUUACAUUAGUUUUGGAUUGUCAGAUCUGCAUGGUGAUGGAAGAGUUCACGACAUAUCAGGACCUGAUGGCCCCAGUGGGUUUGGCUUUGAAUUGACAUUUCGUUUGAAACGUGAAGAGAGCGAUACAUCACCUCCAACAUGGCCUGCUGAGUUAAUGCAAGGUCUUGCAAGAUAUGUAUUUCAGACAUUCAAUAUAUUGUGCCCUGGUGACCAUGCAUCAUGGCACGUACCGUUGGAUAAUGGAGAGUCAAGGUUACAGCACAUGUUAAUGACCGAUGACCCACAAAUGCCUCCUGUGGUGUCUCAGUGUGGAAGGACCCAGUUUGUACAGAUUGUUGGUAUUUGCUUAGAAGAGCUAAGAGCAGCCCAGCAAUGGAAUGGACCAGGAAUUCUUGAUCUUUUGAAGAAGCAUACUGUAUCUGGAGGGCCAUGGUUGGUGACAGACAUGAGAAGAGGAGAGUCAAUAUUUGAACUUGAUCCAUCGUUUCAACAAGCUGUUGAUGAUGGUCUGCAGCAAGAUGGUUCAGAUUUAACUGGUGUGAGUGGUUUUUGCUCUUGGGAAGAUGUGGAUGGUGUCAUUGGAAUGGAGAAUCCAACUGUUGAUCCACAGUUUACUUUGCUGACUCAAGUCACUCCAUCAGGACUUCCAGCAAUUCCUGAAGCAAGUCUUCGUCGUGGUAGUCGAUUCAGUCAAGACAUUCAUGACUCAACCAGCAAUGGCACUGAUCUUUCAACUCCUGACACAAACUAUGAGGCAACAACAGAGUUGAUAAGAACAAGAACACUUGACUAUGUCCACUUGAAAUUUACUAUAGAAGCUGGUGCUCUAUUGCCUCUUGUGUUCAAAGGUCGGUUACGACAUGGUCGUCACUUCACUUUCAAGAGUCCAGCCGAUGAUUUGGCCAUAACGUUUGUGUGUGAUGGAAUUGCAGGAUCAUUUGCUGACCAGUCUCAUCCCUAUGCUGCACAUGGUCCAUGGUUACAGGUAUUUAUCUCAGAAGACUUUAUGUCUGUGAUAACAGAAGACAUGAGCGAUUUGAAUAAUCCAGAAGAGUUGAAGCUACCAAGAGAAUAUUCAUGGAAAGGUCAAAAACUGAGAAUCACAAUCAUACCAGAAGAAUGAAGACAUUGAUGACAUCUCGACACUUCAGAUGCAGAUUGGAGAGAGAAAGCAGAAGUAAAUGUACAAUUUGUAUAAAGACAUUCUACGCUUUUAGUAGACCUUAGGUAACUGACAAAGUUGUUUGCAUAGAAUAGAGUAGCUAUUAAUGCUGGCUGUAUCCAAUCUAAUACAAACGCUUUGUUAAGCUCAUUCAACUGUCAUGUGACAGCCUGAAUAUUAACAG